UCAACCUUUGCAAGUAAAAUAAUGUUCGAUAAAAGUAGGAGGAGCUAAAUGUGGUCGGCCAAUAGUGUUGUGAGGGGCUAGAGAGGCCGGCUCCGCCCCAAGCCACCCGACGGACGGUGCUGCAGCCCUACGGGCCUCUGAGGAACUGUCCAAGGCCAACCGCCCGGCCCCGCAGCCCGCGCUCAUACUCAUUUCUAAGUGGUUAGCCCGCCUCGCACGUCCUGCGGCCCGCGCGCACUCCGUUGCGGCACGUCAGUUCCUCCGUUCGAAUCAAGUUUUUUUCGUUUUGAUAAAUAGAAUAUUCGUCCGGAUCUCAAGUUCGGAAGUGUUUGCCGCGUAAGGACUCCGUCUGUGGACUGCAGUGCGCACCUCUCCAGCGGCCUACGCUCUCGACCGUGUUUACCCGUUGUUCCGAUAACUGUGAUUAUUCUACGAAAAUCUGAGUGUAAUCGAAAUCAAAAUUGUGAAGAUGACGCGAGAAGUGCAGUGAGUGAUAGUGAAGAGCCCUAAUCCCUACUCCCAGGAUUGAUAAGCCCACUCCGUUUAUGGAUAAUUGUUGUUUCGAUGUAAUUGUGAUUGUUAUGGGUAAUCAUUGACUAUUACGCGGACUACCUCGUUAUCCCAGGUAAUCGGUCUUCCGGACCUUCCGACCAAACACUCGUACUUUAUACUUUGUCUGUUUCGAUAAAUUUAUAAUUUUAUUUAUAUUUUAUUUCGCGUCGUCUCCUGAACUAUGAUAGUUUGGGUGUUGCGAAUAUCCUGUAGUCUGGUAGGUCGUAGCCGCUAACAUGGGACCCAGGAUCUCGGACUAGUAGUGUCAGUGACAGUGAGUGUCGCGAACCAUCGACUCCCUAGAGGAGAGUUUCAACCUUUCGUGUCCGGACAAACCGACCACGCUGAAUUACACGGAUCUUGGGAGCCCCUUCGGAUCGGGCGGCAGUGCCGGAGGGUCUAACACUCCGACACCCACGACCAUGGCAGGGGACGCUCUGGAGUCACACCAUCACCACCUCCUGGGCUCUGGGAACGGUCCUCCGAACCACCAGGACUCCGGCUCUUCGGGGACCAUCACCCCAGUGCCGACGUCCAAGUCGGCGUUCAUCGAGCUACAGCAGCACCCGUACAACCCUUCGGGCAUCAGAUCAGCCUACCAUCCGCACCACUUCAACCCUCACCAACCCGGAGGACAACCCAACUCCGGCUCGGGCCCUCACCAUCACGGUGUCGACCCUUCGGGCUUCGCAAGUCCUAGGACAGCUCUUUCCGCUUAUCCUUUCCCUCCGAUGCACCAGAACUCGUAUUCGGGAUAUCACUUAGGAUCUUACGCUCCCCAGUGUCCAUCGCCUCCCAAAGACGAAAAAUGUGGGGUGGAUGACGGUGGUCUUAGAGUAAACGGAAAGGGGAAGAAGAUGCGAAAACCCAGAACGAUCUAUUCCAGUCUACAACUGCAGCAGCUGAAUAGAAGAUUUCAAAGGACACAAUAUCUGGCGCUGCCCGAAAGAGCGGAGUUGGCGGCGUCGUUGGGACUGACGCAAACCCAGGUCAAAAUCUGGUUUCAAAACCGGAGAAGCAAAUACAAGAAGAUGAUGAAGGCAGCCCAACAACAAGUGUCUACUCCAGGCGGCAACUCCAACAACGGCGGCAGUGGAGGUCCUGGCCACGGGAUGCUGGGUAGUGGUCAACCUCAUACUCCUGGAGCCCUCCCUGGACCCAACAGUCCGCAGCCCCCCGCCGGUAUCCUAGGAGGUAACGGAUCGUCGAGCGGUAGCCAGCCUAGCCCUAGUGGUGGUUACAUGCCUCACCCCGGCAACCACGGCACUCCGACCCCCAGUUCGACGCCCGUCAGCGACAUGUCGCCUCACGGUGUCUCUGGGUCUCCGCCCCUGGUCGCGUGGGACAUGAAACCCAACAUCGCGCCACCUCCUACCCAUCACCAUCCUCACCACCACCCGGGCUACAUGCCACAGUACUCUUGGUACCAGGCCGCGGAUGCCAACCAAGGACUGCUCACAAAAAUGAUGCACGAUUCAGCGUUCUAUUCGAACCAACAAGAAAAGUCGUGUUUAACGGUUUGGCCUGCCGUCUAACGAAGACAUUCCAACUAUUAGUGUACAGUGAAGGACCGCCAACAUAGUGUCUGUUACCGACCAGAUCUCGGUUGCCUGGGCCGUGUUGCCAGCGUUGCCAUCGCCUAGCCUCUACAACGGAUGUCCACUGUCCAGUUACCGACCAGAUCUCGGUUGCCUGGGCCGUGUUGCCAGCGUUGCCAUCGCCUAGCCUCCACAACGGAUGACCACUGUCCAGUUACCGGCCAGAUCUCGGUUGCCUGGGCCGUGUUGCCAGCGUUGCCAUCGCCUAGCCUCCACAACGGAUGACCACUGUCCAGUUACCGACCAGAUCUCGGUUGCCUGGGCCGUGUUGCCAGCGUUGCCAUCGCCUAGCCUCUACAACGGAUGUCCACUGUCCAGUUACCGACCAGAUCUCGGUUGCCUGGGCCGUGUUGCCAGCGUUGCCAUCGCCUAGCCUCCACAACGGAUGACCACUGUCCAGUUACCGACCAGAUCUCGGUUGCCUGGGCCGUGUUGCCAGCGUUGCCAUCGCCUAGCCUCUACAACGGAUGUCCACUGUCCAGUUACCGACCAGAUCUCGGUUGCCUGAGCCGUGUUGCCAGCGUUGCCAUCGCCAGUGUCCAAUGCCCAGCUCCGAUGUACAUAGAAUUUUUCUGUUCCUACGUCCGUUACAGCACACACACACAGACAAUCAAUCGUCUCCUCUGGCCGCACAUCCUAUAGCGAUCGCCGUUUGGUUUUGUUGGCAAUUAAUAUUGUAAGUCGGUUAUUAUAAAUACGUUGUAAUCUAGGACGUUUAAAAUUAUAAAAUAUUCGUUAUUUUGUUGAUUCUGUUGAAGAUGCGUUCUGUAUAUUAUUCUUCCGCGUUUGGAAGACCUCGCCUAUCUAGCUCGUUUCACUUCGGUUAGGGACGUGAAACCCGUUGUGAAUUGUGUGAAUUUUGUUUUUGUCAUUUGAGCCCUUGAUAAAUCUUUAAUUAACUUUUUGUCAUUAUUUUCAGAGAAAUCAAGCUUAAAAUCCAGAGUGCGUUUUGGGAAACCGAUCUUUCCCGGGACGCAAAAUAUAUGUUAAAUACCAAACAUUAAACCCCAGAAAAUUUUAUAUAAUCCUUAAAAUUUUUCUAACAAUUUACACUUUCGGAAGAUAAAUGAACAACGAACAUUGAGAAACUGAGUAGGAUGGUAAUUUCACAUAUAGCCUUUAAACCAGAGUUUAAAUUAAGGUCUUAAAAUUUGGAUUUUUAAACCAAUAUUUCGUUGGUUGUAGAGGACUUAUUUGUUGUAAAAUAAUAACACAUCACAUUUUAAUAAAUGACAAAGUUACUAUUGUGAUUGUAAUACACUAAUAUUUACUUAUAAAUUGUGAGCUAUCUCUACUUUCAUUUUAUAACUUGUUAUUUCCAAUUGUGGUUUAGGUGCAAACUUAUUUAUGUUUAUUUGUGACCAUCCUAUUUCCUUAUCUCACUCCUCAUUCUAGAACUCGCUUCCUGUUACCUCUUAAGUAGUUAUAUUAAAUCACAUCGUUUUUAUCGAUGUUUCAUCCGUCCUUUAUAUGUUAAUUGUGCAACUAUUUUAAACUUCAAUCGCUUUGCGCCUUAUAAAAAAUGCGAUACGUUCUUGAAUAAAGGAAAAGCAUUUUUAAUCUCGAUCCUAAAGUUUCUAAAGUUAAAUGUUUUUAAUUGUUUUACUUCUUUUUUCUUCAUAAUUAUCGACACCUUCCCUUAAUACUUCUUGUAAAUUACUUCGUGUAUUAUCUGACUUCAUAUAGCCAUCUUUCCUAUUAAAAGGUGGUUUGGGGACAUGAUUAUUUUAAAGUUAAUCGACGAGGAGCAGAGGUCAUGCGACACGCAAGCUGAUGUCUUAGUCGCCGAGAUCGAUCUUGUCAAAUAUUCAUUUAAGAAAAUCCUUUUGUGUCGUGGAUUCUUUUGGUGAUAAAUGUACGUAACUUCAUUGCGUGUUUCUGGACAAAGAAGUAAACACAUUUCAAUUUUACCGAUCUUAUUUUAUUUUAGAAGCAACUUAAAUUAAAAACUUAAAAUGUUCUUUCGUUGUUAUGAAACAAUAUUCAGCUGGUCAGCUGUUUUGGAACCACAAUAGACGUCCAAAAAUGUUAAUUGGAAUUAAACUGAAACCGGUAAAGCUCCUCGAUUAAAUUGAUAUUUUACAACUAAACUUGGCGUUCCUCGUUCUAAUAGACUACGCCUCGCCAGGAAUCCACGCCAAUUCCUACACUUAUUUAAAUCCGCCUUUAAGCUGACUCACAACUAAUGAAUAUUCACAGGCUCAUUUCCAUGCGGGUUAAUCCGUCAAACACCGCGGCAGAGGCAAAACAGUCCAUCUGCGACUGUGACUGCGACUGCGACCGUCGCGGUCAGUCCAUCUCCAUCACAAUACACCUCAGAUUACUGAUUGAUUAUAUUUUCCUUCUUUCCCUGUUUUAACUCUUCAUCCUUCUAUUUUCCGUACUUUCUCUGAUAUCAGAUUUUUUCUUUUCCAUCCUCACCCUCUGGCCAAUCUUUUUUUAUUCUAAUAAAGUCCUUCAGCCUCAAUGUACCGAUGAUUGUUUGUCUUCUGAAUGUUUUAUGUGAUGUAUUUUACUAAUUAGUUUAAGGCUUACAAGCUCUGAGCCAUUUUUGUUUUAAUGUUUUGGCGAUGACGUAACCUAAGGGUCUGUAGUCCCAAGUGUGACCUGUUAGUCGUGUAUCCCAUGUUCAUUAUAGAAUAGCUAUAAUUUUCACAAAUUUGUAAUUUGUACAUAUGAUAUAUUAUAAAAGAAAUUUGUGUAGUAAAUAAAAUGGCAAAUUAUGUGUA